ACUGUCACAUAUCAAUCUUAUCCCCCACACUCUUUAUUUUUUUCUCCCCUACCUUGUUUCCAUAUUUCCUUUCCUUCCUUCUUUUUACAGUAACAAGAAGCAAAUCCCAUUUUUUUUGCAGCACCAUCCAUUACUAUAUAUACAUAAAACACACACAGAGAUACAGAGUUGGUGUAGUAGCUGUGGAAGGAAAAAAAUGGAAUACGGGAGGAGCAGCAGUAACAGUAGCAGUGCAGCAGGAGGGCAUAACGGUAAUAAUGCAUGGGAGGCGAUGCAGAUGCAGGAAGCUGGGUAUCGCAAUCCCGAUCCGCAUCUGACUUGCUUGAAGCUCGGAAAGAGGCAUUACUUUGGGGAUCUGUCUUCUUCUUCUUCUUCUUCUCCACUCAUAAAGAGAUCCAAAGGGCCUUCCUCUGUUCCGCGCUGCCAGGUGGAGGGCUGCCAGGCUGUUCUGCUCAACGCCAAGGAUUACCACCGGCGGCACAAGGUUUGCCAGACGCACGCCAAAGCCCCUAAAGUCGUGCUUCUCGGAAUCGACCAACGCUUCUGCCAGCAAUGCAGCAGGUUUCAUGCCGUUGGAGAAUUUGAUGACACGAAGAGGAGCUGUAGAAGGAGACUGGCAGGCCACAACGAAAGGAGAAGAAAGAGCUCGCAACAACACAUUUCCUCUUUUGCUGCUACCAAAGGCAGGCAGCCGCAUUUAGUGAGCAUGAGCAACAGUGGGUGUGCUCUCUCUCUUCUGUCACACUCACCGGCGAGCUACGGGGCUCCGGAUCUCCCGGCGAGGUGCAGCGCGGCCCUGCGGGAGCUCAUCGCGGAGAAUCGGGCGUCGGUCUUCGAUGCCGCAAAGAUAUGGCCGGGGUGGGCUGAGCCCGAAAGCCGCGGGCACGUGACACUGAAUCUCAUGCAGGGCCCGGAGUCGGCUUUCGGGCUUAUUUUGGGCCACGAUCACCGGCCAUCGGAAGAAGGCGCCGCUGGAGAUUGCUCUGACCUGUGGAACAACCUGCCUUUGGGGUAUUGAUUUUGCGUUUUAACUUUGUUUUUUGUGCAUCUAAACUUGUGGAUAUCAUUUCGCCUUCGCUUGUUAUUUUGUUUAUUAUUGUAAACCUCUACUUAUUUUCUCUAGUAAUAAUAUGACAAGAAUUAAAGAUUA